AAAAAAAUAAGUUGGGCUAAGCUCAUCCAAACAGGCUCUUAGUCUUUUAUCCUCCAAAAAACCAAUUCAGCUUUCAUUUUCCUCAACCAGCAGCCAAACGUACCCUAAAUCCCUUCAACAGGACGCAACCCACAAACACUUUGCUCGGCUCUUCCUUUGUCAGUGCUACACUUGUACUCCAUUUUGUAAAGCUUAUUUCAAGAUCUUCAAUUGGGACAUUCAAGACCAUUUGAAGGAUUCCAUUCAAGAGUUAUCAUUGGCGCCAUGGCUAAAUCCAAAGCAGAUGAGAAGAUUCUCAGCUACAACGAUGUCGUUCUCAGGCGAUCAGAUUUGGACAUUCUCAAUGGUCCUAAUUAUCUCAAUGACCGCAUCAUUGAGUUCUAUUUUAGCUAUCUCAGCUCACUCUUUCCAUCUGACGACAUAUUACUGGUACCACCUUCUAUUGCUUUCUGGAUUAAAGAGUGUCCUGAUCCUGCAAGCCUGAAGGAUUUUAUAGAACCACUUCAUCUUUCUCGAAGGAAGUUGAUUCUCUUACCUAUCAACGAUAAUUCUGACGUGUGCAUGGCUGAAGGUGGGAGUCAUUGGAGCUUACUGGCUUUUGAUAGAAACUCCAAUGUAUUUGUACAUCAUGACAGCAGCUCCGGGUGCAUGAAUGAGUAUCAUUCCAAACAGGUAUACAAGGUUACUCUUCCUUAUACAGCAUCCAACGCCACUUAUAGAGAGUGUCCGGACACGCCAAAGCAAGUCAACGGUUAUGAUUGUGGCGUGUAUGUCUUAGCUAUUGUGCGAGUCAUCUGUCAGUGGUGUGCAAGCAGUGGAACCCAAGAUGCAAAUGCUUUAUGGUUCUCCCAUUUGGAACAGCUCAGUCCAAGUGCUGUUUCUGAGAUGCGUAAUGGGAUUCUGGGGUUAAUAAAAGGUCUGAUGGCUGCACCCAAGAGUGUGGCAUAGUGGAUGAAAAUCAGGGAACGAGGUUACAAUUCCAGCAGAGACCAAAAAAACUAGGUGAGGUUUAAAUUUCCAGCAGAGACCAACGUGACGCUUGACGGUCAGUUGUCUCUCUCAAUCUUUUUGGAUUUCCAGGAAAGAUUUGUUAUUUCAAAAGAAAGCUAAUGGGGGAAACUAGGAAUAUAGUAUCUCAAUUUUGAUAAAAUGAUAUUAAUAUUCAUUGUCGAAAAGACACUGUCGUAAUCCAUAAUAGGUGAGGUAUCUUUUACCUUUUGUGAGUGUGCAUAAUGAACGAACUAUUAUUUAGUGUUCCUUUAAGCUUUCUGUGCAAAGAAACCCGUUUGGUGGAUCCAUAAGAUUUUCUCUGUUUUCCUUGUUCGAAGUUCUGUUAUUCUCUGUGGUUGCUAAUUGAUUGGCUUAAGACA